GUGUCACACACUUGUUCUCCGUUGGUCCGGGCUGGCUGCAUGGAGCCCGAGCUGGAGCACGCACUGCGCAGGACCCCUUCCUGGAGCAGCCUGCGGGGACCUGAGCGUCAAGAAAUGAGCUUUGUAGAGCAAGGCGAAAGCACCCCAUGGCCAUCACCAGCUGUGACCACCAGUUCAGAAAGUAUCCGUGGGAAACGGAGGGCCAAAGCCUCAAGAUGGACAAGGCAGGAGGCUGUGGAGGAAGGGGAGCCACCAGGUCUGGGGGAAGGUUCCCGGUCCAGGCCAGCUGCUGAGUCCACCAGGCUGGAGGCCACAUUCCCCAAGGCCACACCCUUGGCUCAAGCUGCUCCUGCUGGGAUGGGCACCCCACCAACAGGGUGGGACUUCCUCCCCCCUGACUGUGCAGAUUCAGCUGCAGUUUCCAGUACAGAUGACGUCGAGCUGGUGAUGGAGUUCCCAGCCACAGAGGCCUGGGGGUGUGAGCUGGAAGGCCUGGUGGAAGAGAGGCCCGCCCCAUGUCCGUCCCCGCAAGCCCUGUUACCCAAGCUGAGCUGGGACGAUGAGCUGCAGAAGCCCGGGGCCCAGGUCUACAUGCGCUUCAUGCAGGAGCACACCUGCUACGAUGCCAUGGCCACCAGCUCCAAGCUGGUCAUCUUCGACACCAUGCUGGAGAUCAAGAAGGCCUUCUUUGCCAUGGUGGCCAACGGCGUACGGGCAGCCCCUCUGUGGGACAACAAGAAGCAGAGCUUUGUGGGGAUGCUGACCAUCACAGACUUCAUCUUGGUGCUUCAUCGAUAUUAUAGGUCCCCCCUGGUCCAGAUCUAUGAGAUUGAACAACAUACAAUCGAGACCUGGAGGGAGAUCUACCUACAGGGCUCCUUUAAGCCUCUGGUCUCCAUCUCUCCCAAUGACAGCCUGUUCGAAGCUGUCUAUGCCCUCAUCAAGAACCGGAUCCAUCGCCUGCCUGUCCUGGAUCCAAUCUCAGGCUCUGUACUCCACAUCCUCACACACAAGCGCCUGCUCAAGUUCCUACACAUCUUUGGUGCCCUGCUGCCCCGGCCCUCCUUCCUCUACCGCACUAUCCAAGAUUUGGGCAUCGGCACAUUCCGAGACUUGGCCGUGGUGCUGGAGACAGCGCCUGUCUUGACUGCACUGGACGUCUUCGUGGACCGGCGUGUGUCUGCGCUGCCUGUGAUCAAUGAAAAUGGUCAGGUCGUGGGCCUCUACUCCCGCUUUGAUGUGAUCCACCUGGCUGCCCAGCAAACCUACAACCACCUGGACAUGAGUGUGGGAGAAGCCCUGAGGCAGAGGACACUAUGUCUGGAGGGGGUUCUUUCCUGCCAGCCCCACGAGAGCUUAGGGGAAGUGAUCAACAGGAUUGCUCGGGAGCAGGUACACCGGCUGGUGCUAGUGGACGAGACCCAGCACCUCCUGGGCGUGGUCUCCCUCUCUGACAUCCUUCAGGCCCUGGUGCUCAGCCCUGCUGGCAUCGAUGCCCUCGGUGCCUGAGAAUAUCCAAGUCCACACCUGGAAGCCAAGGAAGAGAGCCGGGAAACUCGACCUUCAUCUCCCCCAACCCCCGUUUGCUGGGUCAGCUCUGGUUCAGG